CCAGCCCCACGACUGUUACAUUUCCUCCGUUCGCCGCCGGAAGGCCGAUGAGAUGGCCGAGUGCGGAGCCGAGCAGGCAAUAAACCCGGGACAGUUCCGAGACGCGUUGGAAGGAGCCAUAAAAGAGUUGCACGAUGACGCGCAACCGGAAACAAUCGUCGUCCUCGUACGCUUAUCCAGGCCUUGCUAGCAUUCCCGGUCUACACAGUUUUGCUAUGGAGCUCGACCCCGGCUCCCGUCUGUCUUCCUCGUCGUCGUCCGCUGCCAAAUCGCAUCAGCAAAGCCAUCCCUCGGCCAGCAUACGGCCUCAAAUUUGGCUCAUCUCCGAUGCGUUCUCGGCUCUUGGGCGGGAACUCGCCCAUGAAGUCCUUUCAAAGGGUCAUUUGGUCGCUCUAGGAUGCAGAUCGGAAGCAGUCGCGCAAGUAACAGCUACGUUUGUUCCGGUAUACUCAGAAGAUCGUGUACUGGUAUGCAAGCUCGACCCUCGGAACAAACCGCUCUGUCAGAGUGCAUUGGCGGAGAUUCUGGCAAAAUGGACCAGGCUAGAUGUUGUGAUUGUAUGUCCGGCCAAGACGGUCGUCGCCACGAUCGAAGAAGCAUCUGAGUGGCAUUUACGCGACCAGCUCGAAGCUUCGUACUAUGGUCCCGUCAACUUGAUCACCACUGUGCUCCCGGUUUUACGCCAGCAGAAAUCAGGUCACAUUCUUGCUGUUACUGGCAUUGUCGGUCAAAUGGGUACGCCGAGUUUAGGUCUGGUAUCGGCUGCUGUUCAUGCGCUCGAGGGCUACACUGAAGCGCUGGCUUUCGAGAUUGCUCCCUUCAAUAUCAAGCUUACAAUUGUGGAGCCAUCUCUGGAGAUUGCUCUGGCUACACCGGUGUUCUUCACCAAAGCGAUGGAUCACUAUAAGAAUUCAGUCAGUGCUAAAGUUCGCUCCAUGUUGGCCUGUAAAGAUCUUUCGCCUGAUCUUUUAGUUAAAGAUGUUGUGACUGCGAUUAUAAACGUGGCGGGUAUUGAAAAUCCUCCAGCGAGGCUUGUUGCAGGUGCCGAGGCAAUCGAACAGAUUAGGGACAAGCUACGGACAGUGAGCGAGGAGAUUGAAGAUAUGCUGGAAGUCAGCUACGCGGCUGAUUCGGCCGCGCUCACUGAAGAACAGCGACGAGAACUCAGGGGCGUCGAUUAAGCUGGUCCAUAUUCAUGUGUUUGUUCAUUUGCAUAUCAUUUCUGCUAUUUUUCCCGGUUUUUAUAUAUGGCAUUGUUUUGGCGUCAGGCAUCUUUUAAUGGCUCAAUAAACUGUAUAUUUAUCUCCAAUAGUCAUCGAAACUUCUGCGUUCACGGGGGUCAUCUAUUUCUUUGCUGAAGGCGCUCGCCGCUCUAAAAGUCGUUCAAGCUUCUGACUUCGUUUGUGUGAUAGUAGUGUAUCCUGCAUAUCCUCGGCUGACGGCAUCAAGAAAGUCGGCUGAUCCGAAAUGGCUUGUCUAGGAGAAGUCUGCAUCAGUUGAUGCGAGGUGUUUAGUAGGAAGGCAGAGAUCAGCA